UUGUUUUUGCUCUCCCCGUGUUUCAGAGAGGUGUCCGAAAGCCAGCAGGACUUCUUCCGGAUACUCGACGCCAAGGUUGAGAGCGGCCCCGAGCUGGACCCGGAGGACGACAACGAGAAGCUGCGCGAGGAGGCGCGGCUGCGCGGGCUGCUGCGGGACUGGGAGCGCUACAGCCAGCGGCAGGUGGUGCAGCCGCCGCCGCAGCCGCGGGCCGCGAGGCACGCGCUCGACGGGCAGCCGCCCCUGUCCAGGGGCAUGUCCGCCGUCGCCGCCGUGGCCGAGCAGGACGGCCUCGGGCUCGGCCCGGCCGCCCGCGGCGCGCCCGGCCGGCACCCCGCCCUGCACCCGGCCCUGCACGCCUCCAGCACCGUCUCCUCGUCCUCCAUGCCCUCCUCCGGGAUGCACGACGCGUCCUGGCGGCGCGCCAACCUCUCCUGGGUGCCCGAGCAGCGUCCCGUCGGCAUGUCGCCCGCCAAACAAGCCUACCCCGGGAGAGCCGUGGCCUGGUCCCAUACCGCGUACCAGAGCUUCGACGGCCAGGGCCAGCAGGGACUCGUCCAGGGCCUCGGAUCGUCGUGGUACUCGACGGCCACCAACGCACCGCCGUCGGCGACGGCGUCGUCGCAGCAGGUGGGCUUCCGCCCGUACCGGCAGAUGUCCGAGGCCGGCAGCCAGGUCGGCCAGUGGGUCGAGGCCGGCGCCGGCUACGACGACCCGAUGCUCUACCCCGGCCACGGCCUCGGUGGCGACCCCUACUAUCAGCAGCAUUACCCCGUGCACGGCCAGGGUCUGGAGCGCGGCCACGGCAGGUACGGCCAUCUGGGCCAGGGCCACGUCCAGGCCACCGCCGGCCUCGGACACUCGCCCAGGCUCCCGGACCAGCACCUGGCCAACUCGAUGGUGCAGCUGGACAAGUCCGGCAACACGCGGACGGAGCUGGCGUGACGAGCGGCCUCGGGCUCGGCCUUGGUCUUGGCCUCGGCCGCCUGAGGAUACUUCCGCAUCUGGUGGACUCUAGAGCUGAACCAGGAGUAUCUACGGUGUGGUGGUGAUCUGCGUGCCGCAGCCAUGGCGGUCGCUGAAGAUGAACUCGUGUCAGACGUCGAAAGCAAUAACUAGUGACUGUAGCGUACACGGCGAGGAGGGAGUCUACGGAAUAAAGACUUUUCGGGUGCCAUCCCGUCAUGGCAGUCACCGGGCAGUCUCGAAAGGUGGUUGUGUUGCUUCAACGAAGAGUCUGUAUUUGUACAUUCGAUAUCCUUUGCGUAAGAUGGAUUGAGGGUCGGCCUCAUCCAAGGACAACAAAAGAAAUUUCAAAUCUGACAGAAAAGCCUCGACGGCAUUCUGAGCGUUGUUUCUUUCUGUUCUCCUUGGGUCUUUGGGCGACAAAAGCUGUUGAUGUGUAAGGUAUAUAAGUCAAUUUGUGAACCUUUAUGUGUGAGUUCCAACUCAGAGUCACCAACCAACCUGAUCUAGUAGUGAUGUCCCCUGUAGCUGAACCUACGAGCCUUACCCCCAAAUACGGAGGUAUCCAAAUCAAAAUUCGAAACGUCGUGUUUCAGAUGAUUGUUCAAAAGAAUAAUAAAACGACGAUCUCUCACCAGGUCGGAGGCUUGACGAGUUUCUUUUCUCACGUCUCCCACCAUGAGUGUGCUAUAGUGUUUGAGAUCGGACAGUGAGAGCCUGCGCAAAGGCAACUGGCUGUGUUUGUAUUUUCUGACAUCUAGUCUUCGUCUCAUGUGUGUGUUUAUACCCUAUUUCUAGAGUGACGUAGAAUUUACAAUCCCCCUUGUUGAUACUACUUGAAGGCGUACCCUCGGUGCCAGCUGACCUCUGAGGACAUUCUUGUAAACAGUUCCUAUCUGGUUCCUAAAAGUGCCAAAAAACAGGGUGCAAAUACCUGUACUCCAACUCUUCUUCGCUCUUGUAGACACCCCCCCCCCCCCUUCUUUUCUUCCUCCCCUGCUUCCGUCGUCUUCAGUCGACGGGGGCGAAAAACAAACGUUUCAAAAACAAAUCUUUUAGUCUUCCAAAACAAUUCCCAGCCCCUCCCCAUGUUAGCGCAUUUCCGAAAGUCAUCCCGCGUUCGACGACAUUGUUACUAACGCCAGGUUCGGAUCUUCUCUUCUUGCCCCAAGUAAAGUCCCUUGCCCAACUCCCCGCGCCUGCUCCCGGAGCACAUCGGGCAUUAUGCGCGCUCUUGUACAUAUUUCCUGUUUCUCUUCAAACUCUAAGUCUGAUAGUUUAAAAUAAACAAUCUUCGAUGUACCACAGAGUGCCGCGCCUGGCGGUGGAAAACUUCACGAUAAUCAAAACUAAUAAUCAUUGUUUGUUUUGUUGUUUUGUCUCUUUUGUUUCUUUUUAUAUAGAACGAAAACCUGAUGAUGAUGCGCUGUGAAAGAAAUUCGCCGGAGAUAAAAUGCAAACAUAUUCUACGACGAUAAUAUACUAUUUGAUUCAAGGAAAGAGCAAACGGUGUCCUUCCCCGCAGCGCGAAGGAGCGAUCGAGUCGAGUCGGGAGCCCCUUACGGACGGAGGGUAGGCCACACUGCACCACACGGCUAUGUAACAGGACGACCUAUCGCGCAGGGGACCUCUAGGGUCUACUGCGUACGGGUGACUGUUCUGCCGCUAAAGCUGAACCACCAGUUGAUUUAUCAUUUUAAAAAAACGAUAUGAACUAUCAGUUGAUUUAUAAAACGAUGUGAGCUAUCAGUUGAUUUACAAAACGAUAUAAAAUCUUUCGAAGUUGCAUGGUGACACUUUCGUCGUACGGUGGUCGACGAGAAAGUCGACAAUCUGAUCAAUGAUCACUCUGGGAAUGGUCCAUUAUGACUAUUUCUUUCUAUUGUUAAGUGUAUUUAAUAUUUAGCCACAUGGAGAAAAGUGAUCCAUCAGUUCUAACUUAUGAUGGUGCACACAAAUGAACUCUAACUGCUUUAAGUCAGAGUUGCAGAUCAUUUUUUUUUUCAUUAUUUUCUUCUUCUUUUUCUUUUCUUUUUGUAAAAUUGAUCUAUGUUUUGUGAUCUUGUGAAAUAUGCUUUUAUUUUUAUAAUUUUAAGAGUUGUAGGAUUCUCCAUUGUGAAUCUCGUGUAUUGUAGCAAUACUUUGUUGCCUCUGUAGAUAGCCUUUUGAGGAAGUGUGUACAAAUUACUGAAUUUUUGUGUGUUCUACCUUGCUACUAUAAUAAUUGUUUGACAAUUUUCCUCUAUUGAUUGACUUUGGGAAGUUCCCACAUUUAAUUCUUUCAGUACCUCAAUUUUGGAUUACGACAGUAGCAGAAUAUUGUUUGAAUAUUGAUCAGUGAGAGUGAAUGUAUUGGUUGCAUGUUGAACUGUCUUUAAAAUGUCAUCCUUCCCUCAACAUUUACUUAGUAAUAUAUACCAAAUCAUAAAGUUACAUUGUCUUUGACUUAAGUGUAUAUAAUUUUUGAGUUCUUAGUAAGGGAUUGAUGAUUGAUAAUACAUUGAUGUAUUCUGUUGCUGCAUUAGAGAGACAUAAAUUAUAAA